AUGGCCCUCAGUCGGAUUGACGGCCGGGACAACCUCUACGUAGGCGGGAUUUGGGCUCUUCGCCGCUCGGAUAGUCUCACGGAAAAGGGCAUAACGCAUGUCCUGUCAGUGGUGGGCUUCAGCCCGGACAGCCUGAAAAACUUCAAAGACGAGCCGUGGUCCGAGUACGGCAAGCAGUUUCGCCACCUGCUCAUCGACAUAGACGACGUGGAUGAGUCAAAUCUGCUCGUUGAACUGCCCAGAGCAGUCAGAUUCAUUGACGACGGAUUGAGGGGGCCGGCAAACAAGAAUGGGCGCUCACCUUCGGACCAGGCCGAGAGCCGAGGUGACACGGUACGAGACGGGAGCGGGGAGAGCGGCAUCGUGGAGGAAGGACUGGAGAGGCUGAGGGCAUCCACUGCCGACGGCGCGCCCGCGGCUGAGAGCAUGUCCCGAGCGGGCGGUGUCUUUGUGCACUGCGCCGCGGGCAAGUCUCGCUCCGUGUCGAUUGUGAUGGCGUACUUGCUCUGGCGGUAUCCGGACCGGUUCGACGCCAACGUCGUGCCGGCCUCGGCGUAUGGCGACUUGGGCGGCGGGAAGGACGCCGGCGGUCCGGCGGCGCAUUCUUGCGACCAGAGCGCGGGCGGCAUCAGGUCGCGCAAGGAGACGGCUCGCGAGGCAGUCGAGCUGGCGCUGGCGCUCGUCCGACGGACGCGACCGAUGGCAGAGCCCAACGACGGCUUCAUGCGGCAGCUGGCACUCUGGUGGGAGAUGGGCUGCCCGGACGACGUGGAGGCGCGUCCUCUGUACCAGCGGUGGGCGUACAAGCGCGAGGUCGAGGAACACGUCGCUGUCGGCCAGGCUCCCAGCCGACUGCGGUUCGAGGACGAGGAGCCCCCGGCUGCGGCCUCUCGAGCUGCUGCCGCCGGCACAGGAGGAGGGGGGCAAGCCACGGGGCUGGCGCUGCGAUGCAAAAAGUGCAGAAGGACACUUGCCACGGCGCCCUUUAUCAACGAGCACGUCGCCGCCGGGUCGUCGGCGACGGUUGGCCCCCGGCAGGCGUGCCCGCACUACUUUGUCGAGCCACUGAGCUGGAUGCGGCGAGAGCUGGAAAAGGGCCAGCUCAACGGCCGACUGAGCUGCCCCAACGAACGGUGCGGCGCUGCCGUCGGACGCUACGACUGGAAGGGCAUCAGGUGUGCCUGCGGCGGAUGGGUCACGCCGGGCCUGUCUCUGCAGAGAGCGAGAGUCGACGAGGAGGUGAGGAGGAGUCGUGGGGCCGUGGGCCAAGGGCAAGACCCAAGGCUGAGCGAGGUUGGGAGAAACAUGGGCAUUCGAAUGCCUCCCGGGCCAGGGAGGGGUGGCGGCAACUUGUAA